AGGUAAUGCUGUCGUCUCUCUUUUACAAACAUACAAUAACAGCAACCAGUUUGCAGCCAUAGCAACGCCAACAGCGCGCUGAUAACCCAAAGUGUUGUGAAUGGAAAGCAGAGGGUUGUUCCUGCUUUGAACUACACGUUCCAUCCUUUUGCCGCCGCCCAGUCUCACCAGUACGGGAGCGUCUAGUUAGUGUUUGUCUGCCAGUGAUGGACGAGGCUGAGGACGGCGAGGAGGAGUCCAAAUUCCAGCAUUGGCCGCCUCAAGUCGCCAGCUUGAAAGGAUGCAAGGAUCAUGGGAGCAGCGGAGGAACCGAGAUGAAGAAAUUUACGCUCGGAGGCGGGGCCGUGUCCAUUGCGCGCAAAAACUCCAACAAUGAGCUCUGGCUCUUGCGAAACGAGGAGUCUGCAUGUCUAAGUGCCACUGGCAGCGCUGCAUCUGCUCUCUUAUGCCAGAGGGAUGCUGUUGUCGACCGGGGCGACUCGGAGUCAGACUACAGGACUAGGGGGGACACAGUCUCAGAAGAAGGUGUGACAGCAGAGGGGCCCAUCGGUAUGAUAUGCAACAAAAACGGCGACUGUAGAAGGGACCCGGCCAGUUCAGGGAGCCUGUCCUCUCUUAUCUCAAGACAGGAGAAACAGGCAGAUGGAGUUGUAACAAGUGAGGACUGCAAGGGGCAGGCUGCAAGCAUGGACGGCUCUGUCACUUCAGCGGGGUCCCUGACACAGGGGCCGGGGGUCGAGGUCAGGAGCGCGGUGGCGAUGGAGAAAAAGGACUCCAGAGUUUCCUUCUCCAACGCCCCAAAUACUAAAGGACAGAACCCUGGUCAGCAGCCAAUAAGUUCUGUUACUUUCACCAAAGCGGAGGAUGGCCCCCAGAUAGUGCCGGAUGAUGGAGACUCCAGGAAUAAUCAGACGUACAUGCAACGGCAGUUUAGUUCCAUGCUUCAGCCCGGAGUUAACAAAUUCUCCCUACGCAUGUUUGGCAGCCAGAAGGCGGUGGAGAAAGAACAAGAGCGCGUCAAGUCAGCGGGUAACUGGAUUAUCCACCCAUACAGCGACUUCAGGUUCUAUUGGGACUUCACCAUGCUGAUGUUCAUGGUGGGCAACCUGAUAAUCAUCCCUGUAGGCAUCACCUUCUUCAAGGACGAGACCACUACACCCUGGAUCAUCUUCAACGUAGUCUCGGACACGUUCUUCCUCAUGGACCUAGUGCUGAAUUUCAGGACCGGCAUCGUGUUCGAGGACAACACAGAGAUCAUCCUCGACCCCAAAAAGAUCAAGAAGAAGUACCUGAAAAGCUGGUUUGUGGUGGACUUUGUCUCCUCUAUACCUGUGGAUUAUAUCUUCCUCAUCGUGGAGAAGGGGAUUGACUCAGAGGUGUACAAGACAGCUCGGGCACUCCGCAUUGUCCGCUUCACCAAGAUCCUCAGCUUGCUUCGCCUGCUGAGGUUGUCCAGACUAAUCCGUUACAUCCACCAAUGGGAGGAGAUCUUCCACAUGACCUACGACCUGGCCAGCGCUGUGAUGAGAAUAUUCAACCUGAUCGGGAUGAUGCUGCUGCUGUGCCACUGGGAUGGCUGUCUCCAGUUCCUUGUUCCGAUGCUGCAGGAAUUUCCGUCUGAUUGCUGGGUCUCGCUUAACAAGAUGGUGAACGACUCAUGGAGCGAGCUCUACUCCUUUGCCCUCUUUAAGGCCAUGAGCCACAUGCUGUGCAUUGGAUAUGGCAGACAAGCCCCAGAGAGCAUGUCGGACAUCUGGCUGACCAUGCUCAGUAUGAUAGUAGGAGCCACCUGUUAUGCCAUGUUCAUUGGCCACGCAACCGCCCUUAUCCAGUCUCUGGACUCAUCCAGGCGGCAGUACCAGGAAAAGUACAAACAAGUGGAGCAGUACAUGUCGUUCCACAAACUGCCGGCCGACUUCCGACAGAAAAUCCAUGACUACUACGAGCAUAGGUACCAGGGCAAGAUGUUUGAUGAGGAGAGCAUCCUGGAGGAGCUUAAUGAGCCCCUGCGCGAGGAAAUUGUCAACUUCAACUGCCGAAAGCUGGUGGCCUCCAUGCCACUGUUUGCCAAUGCUGAUCCCAACUUUGUGACAGCCAUGCUGACCAAACUGAGGUUUGAAGUCUUCCAGCCUGGAGACUACAUCAUCAGAGAAGGCACCAUUGGCAAGAAGAUGUACUUCAUCCAGCACGGGGUGGUGAGCGUCCUGACCAAAGGAAACAUCGGCAUGAAACUCAUGGAUGGGUCCUACUUUGGAGAAAUCUGUUUGCUGACCCGUGGCAGGCGGACAGCCAGUGUGCGAGCAGACACCUACUGUCGCUUGUACUCACUCUCUGUGGACAAUUUCAACGAAGUCCUGGAGGAGUAUCCCAUGAUGAGGAGGGCCUUUGAGACCGUUGCUAUCGACAGACUGGACAGGAUAGGCAAGAAGAACUCAAUCCUGAUGCACAAAGUUCAGCAUGAUCUCAACUCGGGUGUUUUCAACAACCGUGAGAAUGAGAUGAUCCAGGAGAUUGUGAAAUACGAUCGGGAGAUGGUUCAGCAGGUGGAUGUGCCACGACCGCGAGCCAUGUCCAUGACGCCUCCUUUGCCUGGUGGGAUCUUUACUCCUCCGGUUUCCUCCAACCAAUCCCGAGAUUCAGCUAUCGCUACUCUGCAACAGGCCGUGGCCAUGAACUUUUGUCCGCCCAUGCAAGGGAGCUCGGUGGGAGCAGGGACCCUGCAGUCUCCCAGGAUGGUAAGGAGAUUCCAGGUGAUGCAGAGCAUAUCCAGUCCUGUCUCAGCUUCUCCACUGCAGUCCCAGCUCCUUGCUUCUGGUGCCUUUGCUCCGGUCUUGUCCAGUCCCCCUGUCCAGAGCCCACUGGCAGCUGGAGGACGAUCAUUCCAGUAUGGAUCCAGUAUCCUUGCUGGUCCCAUCUCAGGCUCCCAGCUCUCCUUGGCCCAGCAGCACAUAGCCAGCCCUGCACAUCGACCCAACACACAUAAGAGCACCCAUUCCUUGCAACUGGGCAGCCUGAGCCAAGAUGCCAGGGCACUGUCAGCCUCUCAGCCCUCACUGCCUCACGAAGGGGUGCAGCCAGGUGCCCCUAGUCCACCUCAGUCUACGCGAGUCUCCUCCACUUCAAUUGGACCCCCUCAGACCUCAUCAGGUCAUACAAGUGUCCGGAGUGCUAUACCACAAAGGGUGGUACUCCCUCACCAAAUGUCAGUGGGGGCUUUCCCUGUUGCGUCACUGCCUGGUUCUGCACAUGGUUUUUCUGCUGGUACAGGGCUGGUAGCGGGGGGGAUGGGAACAGGUCAGGGGGACUCAAGACUACCCAAGAAGGACUCUAUAGUUAGCCUUCCUGAGACAGACCACAUCAAAGUGAGAUCCAGGCUUUCCUCAAACUUGUGAUCUUAAACUUUUUUGGGAGAGCAACUCAAUGAGGAACAUGAAGGCAGGAACAUGUUUCUCUUCUCUUUUCCUCAGUUUGACUAUCAAAUGUAUGAAUGUUGAGCGAACGACAAGUACUUGAGAAGAAACUGUUCUAACACACACAAAAAAGAAUCUGUAUGGUGGAUGUUUGAAACUGCAUCGAGAUGUUUCUACUCACAGAUGUAGUUGCACAAAUCGGUAGUGGUAAUGUAGCUUCUUUCACAACAUAGUUAACAACAUAUGCUUCAUUAUCCCCCCUUCACCUCUAUUAAUGCAAACUUGGUUUGGAUGGGACUAAAAGACAUUCAGGGAACUAGUUCAGACUUUAGUUGGCACUUUAAUGGGAUUUACCUACUGCAUCUUUGGGAUGCACAAGCUGCGAAUGAAUAUUUCCAUGUAAAAAUAUAAUUGUGGUUUAAUUGAAAGUGGGCUGUUUUUUAUUUUUCUGCCAUCCCUGUUAACAGAUCCAAUAAACAAAUUAGUCACCACACAAAUUAAAUGAGAGAUAAAACAAAAGAAACUCAUUUGGCCAAUCUUACCACAACAAAUCAAGCCAUAUUUCCCCAUCUCUUGAUAUGAAUGAACGAUGACAAAUAAAACUCAAUAGAUUAUUUAUAAGUCUUCCCUUGUUCUGAUUGACCAUACACAGGUUAUGAAGAUCAUAUAUAAUGAAAAUCUUUUUUACUGGAAUUACAAUCCCAAGGCAAAUCAUCUGGUUUUGGCUAAGCCAUCAAUUUUUACAGCAAGUGUUUGCAUGUUUGUUGAAUUUAAAGCUCCAUUAAUCAGUUUACUUUAAUCAUAAUGGACCUCGAGAGGACUUAUGGAAUUCUGUAUACAGAUGCAAAGUUGAGCCUACACUCAAAGCUACAUGUAUAUGCACCAACUUGUCAAAUUUUUGCUCAUUGCUUUUGCUCCAAAGCACAAAAUAUGGCACAAAGAAGGCUUCAACAGUAUUCUUUCUACUCUAAGCAAAAAAGUGUUGUCAGCCAAAAAUGUUUCUAUAAAUUACAACAAAUUAUGAAGACUUUUUGCAACUCUGAUGAUUAAAGUGAAACAUUUUUCCUCACAAACAAACCAAAGCUCAGUGGGGUGGCCAGAAAAUGACCUUAGCUUCAAGUCGUGCUGGUGAAUGAACAGACAUCUGUCUUUACAUGUCCAAGAAAUGAUUAAUGCAGCUUUAAGACCCACAAAAACAUGAAGAAAUUUAUCUAAGUAUUAUUACCCUGCACUUUGUGAAACUAUUCUAAAAUUUCUUUUGUCAGUUAACACAAGACUUUUAAUGUAAGUUUAAUUGCAAAAUUCAGAUUCCCAUUAUCAAAAUGUAAAUUCAUUCUUUUCCAAAUCCUUGAUUUUUCCUUCAGCAGCAGUUUGGGUGAUGUGUCAUAACGGCAAAGUCAAUUCACAUGAAUAAUGAAACUCCAGCAGAGCUCAGUCCUGCCUUUAACGCCACAGUUUUGAUCAACUGCCAAGGACAGCGCAGAUACUUUGCAGGACGUAUAUUGCAGUGUGCCUCUGUCACUGAUGCCUCGGUAAGAAUUCAUUGGAUGCUGCUGAUUCGUGUCCGAAAGCAUUAGAAGCGGACCCUUUUCUCCUGGACCUGACAUUCUAGUCACCUCAUCUCACUAAUGCCUGAACCAUUACUGGGUAAUGAGAGUGGAAAUUGGACUCCCUUGGGCCCGUUUGGAACCGUUAUUAUCCUCCUUCGGCUGGAUUUCAUUAUACAGUGCCAAUAAUGAGUUCCUCUCAUAUGAUCAUUUUGCAUUUUCAUUUUGUUUGGCUUCUGCUUCUGCGUCCACCUUAAGAGUUCUGAAGUGGACCAAGUUAAUAGUUUAUAAGUAUUUUCAUACUGUGAUUUUGAGGUCCUUUGUGUUUGUGUUUUAUGCUCAAAUUAUGCCCCACUGGAGACCUUUUUUGGCUCAAACAUAAUUAACACAGGCUUGUUAUGAGGACAAUGUUUUAUUUUAUAGUGCUUUGUGUGCAGGGUUUACUUUCACAGGACAGGAAAUUUGCUUAAAUAAGUGAAAGUGAAAGAAAGGGAAAACAAAUAUGGAGUUUAACUGCAAAAAUGUUCAGGAUUGAAAUCAAAUCACUGUUAUGUAGCAGUAACCUGUAGCAAUUUGAAAUAAAGCAUGAAAUUUGAAUAAAAGCCAAAAAUUGAGAGUGAUACCAAAGCUGCAAAGUUUUUUUUUUUUUUUUUUUUUUUGGUAGUUUGUUACAUAAAUCCCUGAAAUUUUCAGAUCAAUGACUUAACACAAAUCAGACAUUAAUAAACUAAAUUCCUUCAAUUAUUUUGCCAGAAUGUGAUGUCCAUGAAACAAAGCAAUAAAAGAGGGAGUGGUACCUUUAUGCAGAUGAUGAUCUGUUUUAUUCUUCAAGCAUUAGCAAUACUUCUCUUUAGAUGGAUUUUCCUAACUUAACUUAAAAUGACUUUUAAAUAUUUUUUUUCUGCAUAUAUUCAAAUUUAAACCUUGAUCUUCCCUAAAACAAAUGAUUUGCAUGGUUAUUUCUAUGUGUAAACAUAGUGUGCAUCAUGUGAACCAAGCCUAUUUAUUUAUGUAGCCUUGCUCACUUUAAAUGUAGGCCUUCUAAAAAACAAGAAAAUGUUUUGAUAAGGGUUCUAAGUUUAAACUGACAAUGCAUAUUAUCAUCUGUUAUGAGCCGAUAUUACUUGAACAUAAUAAUUAGAGCAGAAGAAAUCAGUUUGCAUCGCAGAAGAUGUGUUGCUUCUUUUUUCUGCAGUAGCUUGCAGGACCACCCAGAGUUUGUAUAUAAUGCUCAUCCAGUCGCUCUGAGGUCUGCAUGGUUUCUCCUUUUGUCUAUAUUUUUUUGUUUACCUGUUUUAUACUCUCACACCCAGAUCCAGUUAAAAAAGAAAAAGACAACAAAAAUGCUGCUUUUAGAUCCUUUUUUUCUUUUCAUUGCUCUUAGACCUCAUCAAUGUAAUGAACAGAACUCUGUAAAAGUAUCUUUCCUUCUUCCAGCAACUUUACAAACAUGUUAAGUGUUAUGUAAAUGUUACAGUAACUCAGCUGUUCAACUCUGUCAGUACACUCUCAAGGCUUUGGUCAGGAUAACAUCUGUGCCAUGCACACUCGCAUGUACGGCUACAGCAACAUUUAUAGCGGCAUCUGUACUUGUUAAGUUAUGUGCUUGCUUUUCUUUUUUACUCCGUUUUUCUUUACAAAGCCUCACUUUUUCUUUUGUUUUUUUUUUGUCUUUAGUGCCACAGCUUCUCCAGAGAUAAAGGAUACAGUGUUUAUAUAAUUUCCAUUUUUCUUCAGAUGUGUCUUUGGGUUCAUUGAUGAAAAUAAAACGUGGUGAUUUAGACCAUUUGAAAUGUUUAUCUUUAAGGGCUGCUUGAAUUGAACAAGGCUGUAAUUUGUAAUCUAACGUCACACAGGAUUCACAUCAUUAAUGAGGAUAAGAACUACAACUUAAAAAUACAUGAUGCACUUUUUUAUUAAAGAAACAAAACAAUACAAUUCAAUAUUACACUGUAUUUAUUUAUAUCCUCUAGUUUUGUCCUCGCAUCAUAGACUUAUAAGCUUGAGUAACUAUUCAAGAAUACAAUAACUCACCUAUUUUAAAGCCAAUGCCAGUCCUUAUCUUGACACUGCAGACUAAUGGUUUAACUUGCUAAUGCACUCCCUGCCUUGAACUCCUGUGAAACAAACAGAUGAUCUCAGGCAGUCCCCCUCUGGGAAAUCAGACAUUACCAGUGCAGUCCACAUGUUUCUGUGUCAGGGACCUGAUUUUCUUUUAUUGAGCCACUCUACAGCUGUCACAUCCCAUAACUGUGCAUACCCAGUGCCUAGCAGAGACCGUAGACUCCACCAUCAUGUUCUGUAUGCUUUGUGUGUGUGUGUGUGUGUGUGGCUAUAAAGAUGCAAGCUCGUCAUAAUGCAAACAUCACUGUCACUUAUAUCCCACCGCAAUACGUGUAAAAAGGAAGACCAAUAAAUUGUAUUUGAAUACAGUAUGAUCCCACUGCUUCCUGUUCAGAUGAUUACUUUGGGAUUAUCAUGUUGGAAAAGCCCAAACAGGUUAUGGGUUCAUUGUUUAGCAUCUUUAUAGAAGCAGAACUGCUUGAUGCAAU